AUGAGCAGAAGAGUCAAGCCAUCUGGCGGCAAUGACUCGGCCAUCAAGGUCAACGUAACAUCCACUUCUGCUUCGAGUGAUCCAAAGGAAGAUGAAGGAGUCUACGCAGGACAAGAUUACAGGACAUCAUUGACCACGAGAAUAUUCAUCUUCCUCUUGACGGCUCUCCCUUGGUACCUCUACAGGGCACACUACAAGCUGCCCGAGCCACUGGGCCCAGUACCGGCUCACAGACCCAUUCUCAGAGACUUUCUGGACGUCCCGAGACCUUCGGAAGAGAUCGUUCUGUCCCAUAUCGCCGCUUUGGAGAAUAUUGGAUACCGGAUAGUCGGGCUUGAACAGGCUCGCAGAGGCGAACAAUAUGUGAUUGAUCAAGUCAGGUUAUUGGAGGAUAGGUGCAAAGCAGAUGGAGUAUUGGAUUGCAAAGUGUAUAUUCAGGAAGGAUCAGGCUUUCAUAUGUUCAACAUAUUAGACCACGACAUUCUGAAAGUGUACACUGGCGUCCGCAAUGUUAUCCUUGAGAUCCGAGCCAAGCAUCCAACCUCUGGAAGACGAGUCGAAAAGGACGGCAUCUUACUUGCUUCUCACAUAGAUUCAACUCUGCCUUCCAAAGGAGCUGCAGACGAUGCGAUGGGUGUCGGGGUCAUGCUUGACAUUGCAAGAGUAGUGAUUGAUCGGAAACGGCCGUUUGAUAACUCCUUAUUAUUUGUCUGGAACGGUGCUGAGGAAACCCUCCAAGAUGGAUCCCAUCUGUACGCCACACAACAUGAAACGGCGAAAGAGAUUCGAACCAUGAUCAACCUUGAGGCUGCGGGAUCGACAGGCGGAGCUCUCGUUUUUCAAGCUACCAGCAAGGAAAUGAUCGACGUCUUCUCCAAAUUCCCUUACCCUCGAGGAAGUGUCAUCGCGGCAGAUAUUUUCGCCAGUGGGAUCCUCCUCUCUGAUACAGACUUUGGUCAAUUUGAGCGUUACCUCAACAUCUCGGGUCUGGAUAUGGCCAUCAUCGGGCACAGCUACUUCUAUCAUACCCAGAAAGACCUAUUGGUGCACAUUGAGCGUGGAUCAGCUCAGCAUUUCUCUGAAAAUGUCAUGACGGCUGUCGAAUACCUCACUUCACCCGCUUCCCCCAUUUUACAUUCGGAAGAAUGGUCACCUCCCUCCAUGGUGUAUUUGACCAUGUACGACAAGAUCUUUCAAUCUUGGUCCAUGGAAACUGCUACACCAGUUUACAUUGGCUUUAUCGCUUCCCUCGCAACUGUUAUGACGCUCUCUUCUGUCAACUUUCGAGCAUGGAAACCUGUGGUCGCAGCGUUGGUCGGGACACCGCUGGCUCUGGUGUUCUCAGCCAUCUCUGCAAAUACGAUAGCGUAUAUCAUGUCCUCUAGAGGCCAUGGCCUGUCAUGGUUCAAACACGAGCACAUCUGUCUCUUCUUGUACGUCCCACCGGCAUUAUUCGGCUACCUGGGAAGCCAAUACAUGCUCAACAAAUUUCUUGUGCCGGAUCGCCCUGCCGAUCUGGAUCGCCUGUACUACCUCGCUAAUCUCAUGGUCAACACCUGGACCAUGCUCAUCUUACAGUCGAUCCAGAUCCGAUCGGCCUACGUGUUUGCCGUUCUCUCUGGAGUCCUCCUUAUAGGUCUUUUCACCAACACCUUUUACACUCGUCGUUCUUCUCGUGACUCGCUUCUGGGCCUGUUUGAAGCGUAUGCCCCGACGCUGUUCCUUUGCAUGAUCUUGGGUGUCGAGGGUCUUACCACGGUCCUAGAUACGUUCGUCCCGCUCACCGGGCGCAUUGGGAAGGAUGCUCCGGCAGAGUACAUUGUCGCCACUAUCUGUUCGACUACCGUUCCGCUCUUUUACCCCAUCAUUAGUCCCAUUUUCCAUCGAUUGUCUCGUCCACAACAGUUGAGAACGCUUAAAGCACUCGGCAUUACAACACUCCUCGCCAUGGGGUUCUUCGCUGGAAGAUGGUGGAGAACAUAUGAUUACAUGCACCCGAAGCGUACGGCGACGCAAUAUGUGUACAACCACACGAGCGGAGAGCACACUUGCCACGUUGGAUUCAUGGAUCGCGGACCUCGACUCGAUUUCGUUCAGAGCCUCCACAGUCGCUAUGGUGCGCCUGGAUCUCAAAUCAAGGCUACUACCAUCACCAAGAAUGAUACCGAUUGGGACGUCUUGUAUCCAGUAUCAAGUUUCCUGGAGACGUACAAAUUCGAUUUGCCGGCGGUACCGUUCGACUGGCCAAAGCCAAGCAUAGACGUCAAGGAGCUAGACCAUAUCGGUGGAGUCAGGCGACUCCUUAUCCAUUUGGACUUUACAGGAAUCGUUUGGCCUACAUUAGCCUUCGAAGCUGAGGUCGUCGACUGGUCUUACAAGUUCGAACCACCAACCGGGAACCGUCGGCAUCACUUGAAGAUCGCCACGUCUGUCGAUACGCCAACGGUAGACCUUGAACUCGAUAUCAGGGCGCGAAAGGGGGAUAAGAUCAAAUUUGAAUGGACGGGCAUAGACAUGAAGCAGAUGGUCCCUCAAACGGCUGCGGAUCUCGGGCCAAACAUGCCUGCGUCACGCAUGCUGCUUGAUUUCCGGCCAUGGGCAGAGGAGCAUUUCCGUGGCGCAGUGGAUCUAUUCAUGUACGGCGCGGUGACUGGAAUGGUCGAGGUAUAGACGGCCUCGUCGACCUAUAUGUAGCAUCACAAUGUGGCAUAGAGAGCGCAUCCUGUUGGUUCUAUGAUGUAUCAGGUGCGGACCUAGUUCAUCCCAAGGGCAUCUUGAAGCCCUGCAACCUCCAUGACGCCUCCAACGAGGUGAAGACUGCCUGCCACAAGGACUUCUGCCUUAUUCUGGGAGUUGAUGAUGUUGACGGCAUGCUCUAUCGAUGCAACGACAUGUACCUGUUCGGGCGGGAAACAAGGGUUCAAAGCGAGCCAGGCAUCACGCAAGGCGUGUUGAGUAGCCAGCUGGGAGAGAUCGUUGGGAUCGAUCGCGUUGGAAGUGAGGU